AUGAGUUAAUAAAGCAGUACAAAAGUUCCAUCAUUAGUAUUUAAAAUGGAAGAUCAUAGCAAAUAAAAACAAAAACCAUAAAACUCAACUUUAGGUGGAAAACAUGGAGUAGUAAAUUAUAAAGACAGUGAAAAGAAACUAAGUUUAUAAAGAUAAAUUUAAAUAAAAGAUGUUGAUAUUUUUUCUUUGAGAUUUAGUUAAGAUGAUAAGCUUAUAGCCGCUGGAUGCGCAGAUGGAAGCGUCAAAAUUCUUAAUGCAGAAAAUGGUCAAUAGCUAGGAUCUUUAUAGGGAGCAAUCCAUAUUCUCAAUGCUCCAACAACAAGCGUCAGGUGGAAACCAAAACAGUAAUAAAAUGACCCAUAUUAGUUGCUAUCUGUAAAUUCAGAUGGCUCUAUUACUCACUGGGAUGCUUUAGGAUAGAAAGCAAUCCAUAGAAUGAUUGAAAAUAAAGGACAUAAUAUACUUUCAUUAGAUUAUAAUAAUGAUGGGUCUAAAUUUGCAACAGCUGGAAAAGAUUUUAGAGUGAGAGUAUACGAUGAUUAGACAAAGUAGUUAUAUAUUGAUUUUGAAUAAGGAGAUUGGAAUAUUCCUGGACACACAAAUAGAAUCUUUUCUUUAAAGUUCUUACAAGAUUAGCCCGAUAUUCUUCUUAGCUGUGGAUGGGAUAGCAAUAUACAUAUUUGGGAUUUAAGAGCAAAAAAGAGUGUUGCCCAUUUUUAUGGACCAAAAGUCAGUGGUGACAGCAUAGAUUACAAGAAUAAUUAAAUACUUACUGGUUCUUAUAGGAAUGCUGAUUAAAUUUAGUUAUGGGACUUCAACACAAGAAAACUUAUAAAGAAGAUAGAUUGGGAACCUGGAAUACAACUUGAUAAAGCAUAUAUUUAUUCGAUUUAGUUUAGUAAAAAAAAUGAUGAAACCAUAACUGCAGCAUGUAGUGGAUUAAAUGAAGUAAGAGUAUUUGAUUAAAAAGACAGAGUAUGUGGCUGCAUAAAUGACAUGAGUGAUAGUAUAUACACUCUUGAUUACUGCAAUACCAAAGAUGUUUUUGCAUUUGCUGGAACUGAAAGCAUUGUUUAUUUAAUGAAUAUAGAAAAUGUAUGA